AUAUUCACAUCAGAUCUGAACGAUGCGCACCUCCCAACAAUGCUUACUUCUAUGCAAGGUUAACACACAAUCUCAAAAACCACCAUGGACGCGUUCCAUUUAAUCGAGUUAUUGUCAACAAAUUACGUCGUUACAAUCCUUCCAGCGGUGUCUUUGUAUGUCCUAGCUCAGGGUACUACGUAUUCACCUGGACAUUGAUGACCGACCACAAAGAGUGGGUUAUUUCUGACUUGAUCGUUGGCGGUUCUGCAAAGGGGAAAUUAAUCGUUGACAGUGAUGAGGGAUUAGAAAGUGGAUCAACGACUGUCCUUGUCUAUGUCCGCCGAGGACAGCAUGUAUUCGUUCGAAUAACUGGUGGUAAUCGAAACAUCGAAUCUCGAGGAAGUGUACCGAGUUUUUCGGGUUGGAGACUGCCUUAG